AAACAAAUUUUUAUGAGUUCAAUUAAAACUUAUAUAUUACUUUAAAAGUGACUUUGACUCCAGUUAAAUUGUUUCGCAAUUGUAGUUUAUUUUGAGUGGAUAUUUAAAAUAUUCUUGCACCUAUGCUAGGAACAAUUGUAAAUUCUAGAAAUAUUCUCUUCUGUGGUGUAAAAAUAAUAAAAUAGUAAAAUUUUUAUGGGCGGAAAAAGUAUUAAUUAGCAUUCAAAUAGAAACAUUUAUUUAAGGUCCUAUGAAGUGGAAUUCUUGAUAUGUGUUUAAUAAUAUUAAUAUUAACCCAAGUUGGUACUAGUAGUCAUCGUUAUGCUGAAGUUGCCGGUCGUCUUGAACCAUUGGGUGCUGAUGUAAUGAUGGGUUUAAUUGAUAUGGGCAUUUUUAAAAAUGCGUCCAGUCUUCUUAACUAUGCUAAACGCUCUAAUCGAGCUGUUCUUCCAAGUCCUACACCUUCCGUACAACCACGAAUUACUAGUAACUUACAAGCUGGAUCAAAGUUACCUCAUCCAUCUUAUAUUCCUAGUCACAUGCCCCCUUUUCCUGAUCCCCAUGCUUAUAUUAGAACACCAACUCAUAAACAACCAGUUACUGAAUAUGAAGCCAUACGGGAAAAAUCUGCUAUUCAAAAACAUGAAUUGGAAAAAUCAUUAGUGAAAUUCCUUAUUAAAACUGGUCCUACUGAAAGUUUGUUUUUAAAUCAAGAAAAUGACUGUUUUCCUUUAAUAGCAAAUAAACCAGUCCAGCCAGCAUACUUAUCAGCUCUCUUACCAAGUGAUCAAGUAUUUGAUGAUGAAUCUGAUGACUCGGAAAUUUUAAGAAAUAAUAAAGAUAUAAAAAUAAAAAAAGAUGUUAAAAUUAAAGAAGAUUUUGAUGAGAAUGAUGAUCAAGAAAAUGAAGAAGAUGAAGAAAAUAAUAUAGAUGAGUCUGAAAUAAAGCAGGAAGAACCUAUUGAUAAUCCAUUCUUAAGACCAGUAAAAUAUCCAUUAUCUUCUUCAUAACAUUAAAAGGAUCAAAUAUUUAAAUACUUUUCUAUCAUUGUGAGUGUAAGAAUAAAUGUAAAACUUAAAGACAAAUUUAUUUGUUUUUUGUGUAAAUUUUCAAGUAUAUUGUAAUUAAAAUAUUAAAUAUUGUAUGUAUUUUUAAACUUUAAUAUAGAUUUAGAAAGAAAUAUUUUUUACAAUAAGUUUUUUUUCUAUUUUCACUGAAUAUUAAAUAAAAGUUUUAUCACUAUAUCAGGGCA